AUCAAUAUCUACCAACCCAUCAACAACUACUGUACCAACAUUUACCACUCUGUCAACAACAACUGUGCCAACCUCAACAUCAACUUCACCAACUCCUACCACUCUACCACAACUGCCACACCAACCACAACAGCAAUUGCACCAACAUCUACCACUCCAUCAACAUCAACUGCACCAACAUCUACCACUCUACCAACAACUGCUACACCAACCUCAACAACAACUGCACCAACAUCUACCAAUCUGCCAACAACUGCUGCACCAACCUUAACAUCAACUUCAUCAACAUCUACCACUCCAUCAACAACAACUGCACUAACCUCAACUGCAUCAACAUCUACCACUCCAUCAACAACAACUGUACCGACAUUUACCACUCUGUCAAUAACAACUGCACCAACAUUUACCACUCUACCAACAACUGCUGAACCAAUUUUAACAACUACUGUACCAACAUUUACAACUCUGUCAACAACAACUGUGCCAACCUCAACAUCAACUGCACCAACACCUACCACUGUACCAACAACUGCUGCACCAAACUCAACAUCAACUGCACCAACAACUACCACUCCAUCAACAACAACUAUACCAACAUCUACCACUCUAUCAACAACUGCACCAACAUCUACCACUCCAUCAACAACAACUGCACCAACAUUUACCACUCCAUUAACAACAACUGCUGCACAAACAUCAACUUCACCAACAUCUGCUGCACCAACCGCAACAGCAACUGCACCAACAUCUACCACUCCAUCAACAUCAACUGCACCAACAUCUACCACUCUACCAACAACUGCUACACCAACCUCAACAACAACUGCAACCACAUUUACCAAUCUGCCAACAACUGCUGCACCAACCUUAACAUCAACUUCAUCAACAUCUACCACUCCAUCAACAACAACUGCACUAACCUCAACCUCAACUGCAUCAACAUCUACCACACCAUCAACAACAACUGUACCGACAUUUACCACUCUGUCAAUAACAACUGCACCAACAUUUACCACUCCAUCACCAACUACUGCACCAACAUUUACCACUCUAACAACAACUGCUGCACCAACCUCAACAUCAAAUGCAUCAGCAUCUACCACUCUGCCAACAACUGGUGCAUCAACCUCAACAACAACUGCACCAACAUCUACCACUUUACCAACAACUUCUGCACCAACUUUAAAAUCAACUGCACCAACAUCUACCACUUUACCAACAACAGCUGCACCAACCUCAACAACAACUGCACCAACCUCUAACCACUCCAUCAACGGCAACUGUACCAACAGUUACAACUCUGUCAACAACAACAACUACACCAUCAUUUACCACUCUACCGACAACAUCUACCACUCUGCCAACAACUGGUGCAUCAACCUCAACAACAACUGCACCAACAUCUACCACUUUACCAACAACUUCUGCACCAACUUUAAAAUCAACUGCACCAACAUCUACCACUUUACCAACAACAGCUGCACCAACCUCAACAACAACUGCACCAACAUCUACCACUCCAUCAACGGCAACUGUACCAACAGUUACAACUCUGUCAACAACAACAACUACACCAUCAUUUACCACUCUACCGACAACAACUGUACCAACAUUUACCACUCUACCGACAAGUGCUUCACCAACCUCAACAACAACUGUGCCAACAUUUACCACUCUAUCAACAACUGCUGCAUCAACCUUAACAUCAACUUCAUCAACAUCUACCACUCCAUCAACAACAACUGCACUAACUCAACAUCAAUUGAAUCAUAUCUACCAACCCCAUCAACAACUACUGUACCAACAUUUACCACUCUGUCAACAACAACUGUGCCAACCUCAACAUCAACUUCACCAACUCCUACCACUCUACCAACAACUGCCACACCAACCACAACAGCAAUUUCACCAACAUCUACCACUCCAUCAACAUCAACUGCACCAACAUCUACCACUCUACCAACAACUGCUACACCAACCUCAACAACAACUGCACCAACAUCUACCAAUCUGCCAACAACUGCUGCACCAACCUUAACAUCAACUUCAUCAACAUCUACCACUCCAUCAACAACAACUGCACUAACCUCAACCUCAACUGCAUCAACAUCUACCACUCCAUCAACAACAACUGUACCGACAUUUACCACUCUGUCAAUAACAACUGCACCAACAUUUACCACUCUACCAACAACUGCUGAACCAAUUUUAACAACUACUGUACCAACAUUUACCACUCUGUCAACAACAACUGUGCCAACCUCAACAUCAACUGCACCAACACCUACCACUCUACCAACACCUUUUGCACCAAACUCAACAUCAGCUGCAUCAACAACUACCACUCCAUCAACAACAACUAUACCAACAUCUACCACUCUAUCAACAACUGCACCAACAUCUACCACUCCAUCAACAACAACUGCACCAACUUCUACCACUCUAGCAACAACUGCUGCACCCACCUCAACAACAACUGCACCCACAUUUACCACUCCAUUAACAACAACUGCUGCACGAACAUCAACUUCACCAACCUCAACAGCAAUUGCACCAACAUCUACCACUCCAUCAACAUCAACUGCACCAACAUCUACCACUCUACCAACAACUGCUGUACCAACUUCUACUAAUCUAGCAACAACUGCUGCACCCACCUCAACAACAACUGCACCCACAUUUACCACUCCAUUAACAACAACUGCUGCACAAACAUUAACUGCACCAACCUCAACAGCAAUUGCACCAACAUCUACCACUCCAUCAACAUCAACUGCACCAACAUCUACCACUCUACCAACAACUGCUGCACCAAACCUCAACAACAACUGCAACAACAUCUACCACUCUGCCAACAACUGCUCCAACAUCAACAUCUACCAAUCUACCAACAACUGCUGCAACAACCUCAACAUCAACUGCACCAACAUCUACCACUCUACCAACAACUGCUGCACCAACAUCUACAACUCUACCAACAACUGCUGCACCAACCUCAACAACAACUGUACAAACAUCCACCACUCUAUCAGCAACUGCACACCAACAUCAACAUCUACCAAUCUACCAACAACUGCUGCAACAACCUCAACAUCAAACGCACCAACAUCUACCACUCUACCAGCAACUGAUGCACCAACUUCAAUAACAAAUGUACCGACAUUUACCUCUCUGUCAACAACAACUGCACCAACAUUUACCACUCUACCAACAACUGCUGCACUAACUUCAACAACUAUUGUGCCAACAUUUACCACUGUACCAACAACAACUGUGCCAACAUCUACCACGCCAUCAACAACUGCUGCACCAACUUUAACAUCAGCUGCACCAACAUAUUCCACUCCAUCAUCAGCAACUGCACCAACCUCAACAUCAACUGCACCAACAUCUAUUACUCUACCAACAACUGCUGCACAAACCUCAACAACAACUGCACCAACAUCUACCAAUCUGCCAACAACUGCUGCACCAACCUUAACAUCAACUUCAUCAAACAUCUACCACUCCAUCAACAACAACUGCACUAACCUCAACCUCAACUGCAUCAACAUCUACCACUCCAUCAACAACAACUGUACCGACAUUUACCACUCUGUCAAUAACAACUGCACCAACAUUUACCACUCUACCAACAGCUGCUGAACCAAUUUUAACAACUUCUGUACCAACAUUUACCACUCUGUCAACAACAACUGUGCCAACCUCAACAUCAACUGCACCAACACCUACCACUCUACCAACACCUUUUGCACCAAACUCAACAUCAGCUGCAU